AUGGCUUUGAUACAUAAUUAAAAUGACUUAUAAAAUAUGUUUAGUAAGGCAGGAAAAAUAACUUCUGAAAAAUAUAUUGUAUUUCAACAUAGAGAUGAUCAUCCAGUUAAAAAAUUCAUUACUCCACAACCUAGCAAAUCUCCUGAUUCAAUUAAAAAGAAACCACUUUCUCAAUAGGAAUCACUUAAUGAAACUGAAUAAAAUCAAUUAAAACAACUUCUCAAAUUGUCCUAACCUUUUUCAAAAUAGAUUUCCAGACAAAUUGGUCAUUAUACUUAAAUUGGAAACAAUAGUAAAGCAUCCUGUGGACAAUAUCAUAUCAAAUAUAGUGAACUUGAUAAGUAAUAUCAAUAUCAUAUACUUUUAAUAGAGCAGUACAUUCAGUUCCACAUUAUGAUAAGACUUUGAAACACACUAUGCCAAUAGAAAUUCCUCCUAAACAUCAAUAAGAUUUGCCUAUAGAGUAUUAUCAACUAUUAAUUAUAAUAGUACUCCUUCCAUCAUUGAGAAACCUAAAGUUAAAUAUGAGAGUUUUGUAGAUUUACAAAGAUAGAUACCAAGGUUUGUUCAUCUCUCUAAAAUAGAGCUGACAUAUUUUCAGGAAGACCCAAUCCUCAUCCAGAUCGAUUUUAAUACUUAAAUGUAACCAAUUAAUGGAGUAAGAUACCAAGAUAACCUUAAAUUAAAUUGGAAAAAUAAUUAUCAAGAGAUCAAAUGUUGAUAUAUAAAAAGAAAGAAUUUGCACCUGAUUAUAAACCUAAUUUUGAAUAUGGCAAAAAGUAUAUUCACUUAAUUAAAUUAGAUAGUUGGGUAGUUGUGGAGCACCCUUUUACAAAUUAGAAUAAAGAAAAGAUAUUAUGACUAAGAUACCUCCUUAUACUUUUGAAAGUUACUUUGAAUAUGAUCAAUAUUCUAAAAAAUCUAAAAGUUAACUAUUCACUUCUCCAACAGCACCUAAUUUUAAAACUAUGUUAGAUAGGGAAUAUGAUUAACGUUCUUUAUUACCUAGUUUCAUGCAAGUACUAUUUAAGUAAUAAUAAUAAAGAAAUUUACUAAUACUAGAAUGGGUAUUACACAUUUAAAUUAAAAAAUGUUGGAAGUUAACAACUUUAAAGAUGGAAGAUUCUUAACAGUUACAUCAAGUUUUAUGCCAACAAUAUAAAAGUAAUCAAAAAAGAGUGUAAACAAAUCAAGUUAAAAUUAAUCUAUUGAUGAAAUUUGA